AUGCUGGAUCCAUGGCUUGCCCAAGUGGCUAACGUCAAGGCGAAUGCAAGUGGCGACAUCGCCAUCGGCCCGCCAAGACAGGCUCAUCGAACGACGAUCGUCAAUCGUGCCAGCCUGAACAAAGGAAUCACCAUCACACCUUUACGACCUCCUGAACGCGCAAUCGAAGUCUCGGACGACGAGUUUGACGAUGCCGAACUGGAUGCGAUUAUGGCAUGGAUACCGCUACCCACCCCGACCCGGCAAGUAUCCGGUCAUGGCUUAGAUGUGGGCUUGGGGGUGCAGGGCGAAGUGUUGGCGGCGAUCACCCGAUCUGCACUCGAGCAAGCACGGGUGCUGGACCAAGUGGACGGAAAGUUCAUCGUAUGCAUCACCAUGGUUGAGCGACAGCAGGUGGUGUUUUGUGUCGACCAGCAUGCUGCUGAUGAGCGGUACCAACUCGAACGCUUUCUGGAAGAGUAUGCCACGCGGUGUGCCGAUCGAACCGCAGCACACAUUAUCGAAGCUGCAGUGACAAUCGACGUCAGCACGAACCAGUACGAGUCGCUGAAGAGCACGUCGGUGCGGAGGGAGAUGAGACGGCUCGGAUGGAUGAUGCAGUUGGUGCCAAGAAUGGCUCAGGUGGAUAUCAGCGGCGUGCCGUACGUGUUGAAGGACCGAACACUGACGCUCAAAGGCAGACCCAAGAACCAAGCCAUGCUCAGGGACGUCUUUGCGAGUUGUCUCGAAGAUAUUACUCGACGCCAGACAGACCUUGAGCAGCACAGAAGGAACGGACAGGGCGAGCAGAAGAUCGCGCAGACCAACGAGACAGGGGACUGGAUCAGCUUCACAAGGCUGCUACCGGCAGCACUGCUCGAGGUGGUCAAGAGCAAGGCGUGUCGUAGCGCCAUCAUGUUCAACGAUGCCGUGGGCAGGGAGGUGUGCGAGAGGAUCGUGCGGCGACUGACCAAGUGCAAGUUUCCCUUCCAGUGCGCACAUGGCAGACCCACGCUCGUCCCUAACUGCCAAAUCGUAAGCCAACCUUCCAACGACAGCUAG